CGAACAGUGGCUAGAUGAAGUGUGUUUUGGUCCAUUUCGGCUGAAUUCUGUGGAAAUACAGGAACAUGAAACCAUUUCUAAAGCAGCGAUAGAAACCAGAAUUCAACCAUGAGUAGCCGAAGGAAGAGAGCCCCUCCUGUGAGGGUGGAUGAAGACUCUACGAAGAAGUUGAACUGGAACAUGCUGGAUGAUCGCAAGGACGAGAUGACCCACGAGGAAGAAGACCAGACGGCAACCUGCUCCGUUCCUCCAGGUGACUCCACUCCCAGCAGCUUCCUAAUCUCACCCACUGAGGACCCUGCUGCCUGCCCCGGCUCUGUCAGCUUCACAGAGGAACUCCCCUGUACAUCAUCAGAGGUCGCUGUUGCCUCGACCUCUCUCUCCCUGACUGUUGUGCCGCCUUUAAACCUGGUCAACAUCUGGAAGGCACUCAUUGGGGAGUUCCGUGUGUGCCCGGCUUGGCUCCCGUCCGACUGUGAGCAGAAAGCGUUCACCCUCCACAGAAGGAGGGAGCAGCUCUGCCUCAGUUACAGCAGCUGCGACGAGAGCUCGGAGCUGCAGUCGACGUCGGACGAGGAGACUUGCACGGCGGAGUGCAGCCUCAGCCGGAUCCCACUGGAGGAUCUGGACUGGCUGCAGAAGAGGCAGGUGACGCAGCUCUGCCACCAGACAAAGGAUGAGACGAUCGUGGUUGGGAUCUACUUGCUGGAAACUGGGCUCGGGAAGCCGGAUUUACUCAGCGAGGGAAGUGCUCGGUUGAAGAAAGCAAAUCAACUAAUGCAGAAGAUAAUGGAGUAUUUCUAUGAUUUCAUCAUCCCUGAAGUUGUUGUAAAUGAGGAGGAGCAGUGUGACACCGACCUGGAGAGACAAAAUGUGGAGGAGCUCUAUGAUCAUGUCCGACAUCUGCACCAGCGAGAGAGCCAGGAGUUAACCUGUGAAAUCCAGCACAAGGCUCUUAUUCCUGUGCUUAGACCCUAUCAGAGCCAGGCCGUCAACUGGAUGCUGAAGAGGGAAAAAUACAGGAACAUUUCACAGAAAGAACAAUCGCUGCAUUACCUCUGGCGGGAGUUGGUUACUUUGUGUGGAAAGAAGUUGUUCUACAACCCUUUUACUGGCUGUUUAAUGAGAGAAUUUCCUGUGGCCGGCAUCGAGUGGCCAGGUGGUAUCCUGGCUGAUGAGAUGGGACUGGGAAAGACAGUGGAAGUUCUGGCUCUCAUCCUGCUUCACCCCCGGCUGGACGUGGAGCAGGAGGCUCUUACUCUGCCGGCGGGGAAAUCUGUGAACUACUUUGUUCCGCCUCCUCCGCAAGAAAGAAAGAAAGUAAUCCACUGCAAGUCUGAAGUUCAGCCUAAGAUUAAAACAUCUCACCCAACUGUGCGUAUCAUGCUGCUCACUGGAAUAAAGGAAAUGAGAUCAGGAAAGGGAGCCUCAGUCAACGCUGUGUUCACGUAUAUCCGCGCCACUUACGGUUACGACCUCCUCAAGAACCGCAACCACAUCAAGAAGAUGCUGGUGAAGCUGAUGGAUGAAGGCCUAGUGGACCGGGUUAAAGGUCGUGGCUUGGCGGGGUCAUUCAAGCUGGGAAAAAACUACAAAGAAACCAAGAAGAUGUUAGCGGAAGCAUCCAAGUCUAUUUCAAAAAGCACAGAGGGCACGACGCCCAGGAAAAGGUUUCAGAGACGAGCUAAAGAGAAGGCAGAGGCAGCUCUUCAAAACUCUCUCACAGAGGAUGAAAGAGAUCUGAGCUCGUCUGACUGUCCUGUAUCAGAGCAAAGAGAAACAAAGACAAAGUGGGAUCUGAAUGAGAAAGCCGAUCGGUACGAUCACGUGAUGGAUACGUCCACAACAUCCUCGCAGAUGUCUCAGGAUAAAAGUGAGUCAGAUACACAUGAAACGUCCCGAGUGGAAGAUCUCCCUGAAGACAGGAGAGAAGCUCCUCAGCUUGAUGAAGAGACAGAAACCCCCACCAGAGCGUCCCUGGUCCCUUUCAACAAUCCGGACUACCGCUUCGAGUGUAUCUGUGGCGAACUGGGCGUUAUCGACUACAAGGCCCGUGUCCAGUGUAUGAACUGUCAGCUGUGGCAGCACGCAGACUGUGUUAACUACAAAGAGGAAAGCAUUGGAACCACUCCCUUCUAUUGCCCUCACUGCCUGGUGGCCAUGAAACCCGUGUCCACCGGUGCCACCCUCAUCAUCUCCCCGAGCUCCAUCUGCCAUCAGUGGGUGGAGGAGAUCAACCAUCACAUCAGGUCGUCCUCACUCCGGGUGAUGGUUUAUCAGGGUGUGAAGAAACACGGCUUUAUCCAGCCACACAUUCUGGCUGAGCAGGAUGUGGUCAUCACCACCUACGACGUGCUGCGGUCGGAGCUCAACUACGUCGACAUUCCCCACAGCAACAGCAAGGAUGGACGCCGCUUCCGCAACCAGAAGCGCUACAUGGCCGUUCCCAGUCCCCUGGUGGCGGUGGAGUGGUGGCGCAUCUGUCUGGACGAGGCUCAGAUGGUCGAAUGUCCAACUGCGAAGGCUGCAGAAAUGGCUCUGCGUCUCACAUCUGUCAACCGCUGGUGUGUCAGUGGGACUCCUGUCCAGAGAGGCUUAGAAGAUCUGUAUGGCCUUGUACUUUUCUUGGGAGUUGAUCCAUACUGGGUGAAACACUGGUGGCAUCGGCUGCUUUAUCGCCCUUAUCGCCAUGGGAACACAGAACCUCUGUACAAUGUCAUUGCCCAAAUAUUAUGGCGAUCGGCUAAAAAAGACGUCAUCGAUCAGAUCCAGAUUCCACCUCAGACUGAGGAGGUUCACUGGCUCCGCUUCUCCCCCGUCGAGGGUCACUUCUACCACCGCCAGCACGAGGUCUGCUCCCAGGACGCUCUGGUCAAAAUCAGGAAGAUCUCCGACUGGAGCCUGAAACUCGGCAGCCUCGACCGCCGCACCGUCAACACCGUCUUGUACCCGCUGCUGAGGCUGCGGCAGGCCUGCUGCCAUCCACAGGCUGUGAGGGGGGAAUUCCUGCCUCUUCAGAAAAGCACCAUGACGAUGGAGGAGCUCCUGAAGUCCCUGCAGAAGAAAUGUCGAGUGGAGUGUGAAGAAGCUCACAGACAAUUGGUGUGUGCGCUCAAUGGCCUGGCCGGCAUUCACAUCAUCAGAGAUGAGUUUGUAGAGGCGACGGAGAUGUAUAGAGAAGUGCUUCGCUCAUCAGAGGAGCACAAAGGCAGACUGAAGACGGAUUCACUGCAGAGACUCCAUGCAACCCAUAAUUUGAUGGAACUGCUGAGUGCAAAGCAUCAAGGGAUACCCCCUACGCUGAGAGAUGAUCGACUAAGUGAAGAGGCCGAGCAGCUGCGACAGCACUACAUGACCAAGUACGACUCUGAGGUGGCGGACGCCCAUCAGGCUCUGCAGCCGGUGCUACAGAACAUCAAAGAGCUGAGACGCAAAGUGAAGCUGAAUGCUCACUGGUGGCUGGAUGUUAUUCAGAGGGCAAUCCGCUUCUCCACCGAUGAUGAUCUGGUGUCUCGCAUCAAGAACGAGCUGACGUCCAGCUACAAGCAACAAGCCAGCAAGCUCUCCAUGGCUGACAAGUUCCGUGAUGCCACUGGUUUGCAGUUCCUGCUCACCUCACAAAUGCAAGAUCUGAUGAAAUCCCAGAAGACCGUGCAAGACGCAGUGAAGAAUCUUGAAGGCCCGGCUUCAAAAACAGUGAUUGACGAGGUCACGAUUUGUCACCUCAGGCCUAUGAGACUGCCACUUAACAACUGUGUCUUUUGCAAAGCUGAUGAGCUUUUCGUCGACUAUGAGUCCAAGCUGUUUUCUCACACGGUAAAGGGUCAGACAGCCAUCUUUGAGGAAAUGAUUGAGGAUGAAGACGGGAUGGUGGACGACCGUCUGCCCACCACCAGCCGAGGUCUCUGGGCAGCCAGUGAGACUGAGCGCACGCUGAAGGCCAUCUUGUCUUUCGCCAAAGCUAAACGCAUGGAUCCAGAGCUGGUGGAGGAGGGCAACACUUUCAUGGAGCUGUUUGAGAACUGGAAGAAGGAGUACAAGGUGCUGCACGAGUACUGGAUGGUGCUGCGGAAUCACGUGUCAGCCAUCGAUGAGAUGGGGAUGGCCACGGAGAGGCUACGAGUAUACCUGCCCGACGAGCCCAAGACCAAACUGCUGCACAUCAUCGAGCCACAUGAGGUGGGGCAGAACAGAGUCAAGCUUUUGAACGACCAGGCAGUGGCCAAGUCUCAGCUGCAGAAGAAGCUCGGCCAGUUUCUGUACCUCACAAAUCUGGAGAAGUCCCAGGACAAGUCGACUGGAGGACUGAAUCCAGAGCCAUGUCCCAUCUGUGCUCGGCCCCUGGGACAGGAGUGGGCAGUGCUGACUUGUGGCCACUGCUUCUGUAACGAGUGCAUCUCCAUCAUUGUGGAGCAGUACAGCACGGGCUCAAGGAGGCGUGCCAUCAUGUGUGCCAUUUGUAGGCAGACCACGUCACACUCUGAGAUCUCCUAUGUGUUCACCACGCAGUCGUCCAGUCAGGACCAGGACAUCCCAGUCCAGGGAAGCCAUUCUACCAAAGUGGAGGCAGUGGUGAGAACGCUGAAGAAGAUUCAAGCUUCCGACCCCGGAGCCAAGUGUCUCGUUUUCUCCACGUGGCUGAGCGUCCUGGACAUCAUCGCCAAGGCCUUGUUUGACAACAACCUGGAGUUCUCACAAAUCAAUGGGAUUCACAAAUUCCAGGAGAAUCUGAGCUCCUUCAAAUACGAAGAGAAGAUCAACAUUCUUCUCCUUCCUCUCCACACGGGCUCAAAUGGUCUGAACAUCAUCGAAGCCACUCACGUGCUGCUGGUGGAACCCAUCCUGAACCCGGCCCACGAGCUCCAGGCCAUCGGCAGGGUGCACCGCAUCGGACAAACCAAACCAACGUUCGUCCACAGGUUCCUCAUUAAAUCCACUAUUGAAGAGAGAAUGCAGGCGAUGCUGAAAACAGCAGAGAAAAGUCACACCAGCACAGUCAUGAAGCACUCGGAGGCUGCAGUACUGACGGUAGCCGACCUCGCCGAUCUGUUUACUGACGAUACUCAACAUCUGGGAUGAGUCUGAACACCACGAGACACCGACUGAAGAUACACAGCGACUUUGUCUUUACCCAGUGGGUGAUGAGAAUAGUCCGAUUUUGCACAUUCCAAUUUUUUAUAUAUGGAUCAUGAAGUUACCAAAUGCAUCUUAGCAUAUUUAAGCAAAUCACUGGCAGCAAACAACAAAUUUUCUUAUUUGUUUUGAGUUUUUAAUCUGUUAGGGGGGGUAUGUGUGAUGUCUUAGCUGUAACUUAACGGAUCCAGUGACUACUACAGCUGUGCAGGGACAUAACUGAUGAUCACAUUUUACUCGACUGUACAAUAUCUUUGCUUUUGUUUAUCUGUACAUUUAUAAUGAACUUCACUGCAUGACAAGGCAGAUGAACACGGGAGAUUGUGGUAUCGUCACAACCUGGAAAUAA